AGGCCUCCUCCUUCCGGGGGGUACUACUACUCUCGUGUGGGAGCUGGACCCCCCUCUAGUGCUCCAUCACCGUCGAAUUCACAUCGACAUCCUUCCCAGACACACAUGCCCUAUCACGAUAUGUCAAGCGCAGCACCGCCACGUUCCAUGAUGGGAUCACGCAUCGAUGACGUGACUCCAUCGUACUACGUUGAGCAUUUGGCGACUUUCGCCGUCGGACGCCAGUUUGGGCUCACAUUCCCUGCUGAUGGCAUUCGUAAACUGAAGCAGAUGGAGAAGAAUUCAGCCAUUUGGGCUCAGCCCCUAGUGCUCAGAUUUCGGCAGAAUGGCGUCACUGUCGAGGAUGAAAACGGGGAUCUUGUCGAGCAGUUCCCCCUGGAUUUGAUAGAACAACCAACAGCACAUGUAUCCAGCGAUCCUCGCGACACCUACAACAACAUCUUGCUGUUCAUCGUCCGGGAAGAUACACGUAAUAAACGAUCGGCCACACCUACCGAAAUGCACAUCUUCCAGUGCAACAGAGUGGCAGCAACGGAAGUCGCCGACGACCUUCAAUGGUACAUUCGUGGUCAGUUCAAAAAGGUUCGAAAUGGCCGAAGAAACAGUGGUCCCACGCAGCCACAUCCGUCUACCACAAGGUGA